AUUGCUGUGUCCCGGUCCAAGAGAUUCAUGUGCAGGAGAACAACCAAGUAGGGGUGGUCAUCAGUUCAAUCACCGUGAAGCGGCUCCCCGUCACCGUGAAGGAACCGGACGUGGCCGCUAUCCUCACCGUGAACGGCACCUCGCUGUGUCUGCAGAAGUCUCUCGACUUCGAGGCCAUGAAGGAUCCGGUGAUCAUAUUCACACUGCAGUGUGGCCCAGACAAGAGCUCUCUGUCCCUCUACAUCGUGGUCGACAACAUCAAUGACAACCGGCCCACCUUCCCCGAGACGGCGCUGACGCUGAACAUCAGUGAGCUCUACCCCGUCGGCAAGUUGUGGACCAAUGUGACCGCCGUGGAUCUCGACGAAGACGUCAUCUACUACAGCCUGGACCCCAACACGGACGGAGCCACGUAUUUCCAACUGAAGACUGAAAACACGCCGGAUCUGUCCCUGAAGCGCGCCCUGGACUAUGAAGUGAAGCGCAGCCUGACGCUGGUGUUGAACGCCAAGGAGGCUGCUAACAGCCGACAGGUCAAUAAUUCGGUGACCAUCACGGUCAGAGUCCUGGACCAAGACAACCGGCCCCCGCUGUUCGAGCCGUGCGCGGGGUCGGUGGGGCCCGGGCUUUGUCUCAACGCCGCCUACACCGGGGUCAUCAGGCAGCACACCAUAGAGCUCAGCCCGCUGACCCUCGGGCCGCGGAACAUCCUGGCGGUGGACGGAGACUCCGGCAUCAACGCCACCAUCCUGUACCGGAUCAUCAAUGGAGAUGACGACCACGCCUUUCAGAUUGACGAGAGAGAUGGAGCGCUGAACAUCACCAAGGCGGUCACCAGCCUCAGGCCCAUCACACUCACCAUCCUGGCCUAUCAGGAGAACGACCGGUACAAGUCCACCACCACCACGGUCACCCUGACUGUCGACCCCUUCAGCAACCACGCACUUGCCUUCCAGAAGACCGUCUACUACGGGACCAUCCAGAGGAACUCACCGCCCGGUAGCAUCGUCCUGGAGCGAGGCUCAUCUACCAGACCCCUGGUCGUACUGGCUCAAGACAAGGACUACCCCAACACGACCAACCCUGCGGUGACGUACUCCCUCAGUCUGGGCGACAUCUUCACCAUCAGCAGAGACGGCCUGAUCUUCACCCGCUCCCUCCUCCCUCCCGCCCAACACGAACACGUCCUGACGGUGACGGCGGAGGACGAGGAGAACCGAGACGUGGCGCAGACGGAGGUCCGGGUGCUGAUCAGUGACACGGACGUCCCCAGCACGGUGACAGCGAGCAGCGGCGGCGCGGUGGCCACUACAGCACCGGGCACCCGCCCGAGCACCGGGACCGGGACGGCGACAGCGCCAGUGAUACCAACCCGGACACCGACUCCGUCCCAGGCCACACCCGGGACCCCCGGAUCCGUAUCAGUGCCGCCUCCUGGAUCCGGCCCUACUCCCACCGACCCCCCAACCCGUCGGACAACACCACCACACACGGGUUCCCCCGGGACCGGCACCUCCCUCACCGAAAUCCCGGGGUCCGGAGCCACAGCUCCAGCGACACCAACCCGGACACCGGCUCCGCCCGGACAACCAACCCCGUCCCAGACCACACCCGGGACCCCCGGAUCCGCAUCAGAGCUGCCCCCUGGAUCUCGCCCUACUCCCACCGACACCUCAGCCCGUCGGACACCACCACACACGCGUUCCCCCGGGACCGGCACCUCCCUCACCGGCAACCCGGGGUCCGGAGCCACAGCGCCAGCGACUGCGCCAACUAAACCAACGCGACCUCCGGAACCGCCCGGGCAUUCGACACAGGCACCGCUCCCCGACAUCUCCUCCACUCUCCCGGGGACCGGAGCAACAG